CGUGCUAUCAUUCUCAGCCCGUAAACAUUGGUCGUCGCAUCUCAUCACACUCAGUUUCGUUUUGGAUUCAUUCAUCUCACAACUAGAAUCUCAUUCCAUCCCUUUUAACCUUUAUAUCACCAAUAACAUAACAACUACCAUGUUCAUCAAACUCAAACCCUUUCGUCAAUACUCUUCAAACCCUUUCUCGCCAUCUCUCUCUUCUUACUUCUUCCCUUCACUCUCAACGUCAAAAUUCAUUCUCCCCUUCUCAACACCAUGCCUGAUACUGAAGAACCGAAUAUCAUAGCGGGAACGAUUUCUGAACUACCGUUUUACAGAUACAAGCGAUGGCAAUGGUGGUCUCUCGUGGCACUCAGCAUAUUUUUUCUUAUCAUGGGACAAUCUGUUGCGGUAAUCCUCGGUAGAUUUUAUUACGACCAAGGUGGAAACAGUACAUGGAUGGCUACUUUAGUCCAAACUAUUGGUUUCCCGUUGUUGUUAAUUCCGUUUUUCGCAAUUCCUUCUCCCCCGGAAGCUUCAACUUCUUCUGUUUCAGUUUCACCGUCUGUUAAAGUCGUUGUUAUGAUAUAUUUUGUUCUUGGAAUCGUGAUUGCUGCUGAUAAUAUGAUGUAUUCGCAAGGACUAUUGUAUCUCUCGGCUUCUACGUAUGCAUUGAUUUGUGCUUCUCAGUUAGCUUUCAAUGCGGUUUUCUCGUAUUUUUUGAACUCGCAAAAGUUCACUGUUUUGAUAGUAAACUCGACUGUGAUACUCACUUUAUCUUCUUCGUUACUUGCUGUCAAUGAAGAUGCGGAUGCUCCGUCUGGUAUCCCGAAGGGGAAAUAUGUUGUUGGUUUCCUUUGUACUCUUGGAGCUUCUGCGCUUUACUCUCUUUUGCUUUCUCUCAUGCAACUGACCUUUGAGAAGGUUCUGAAAAAGGAGACGUUUUCUGUUGUAUUGGAAAUGCAAAUCUAUACUUCACUUGUUGCGACUUGUGCUUCGACUAUAGGCCUAUUUGCGAGCGGGGAAUGGCAUACUUUGCACGGAGAAAUGAAGGGUUUUCAGAAAGGAGAAGUUGCUUAUGUGAUGACUUUGGUUUGGACUGCAAUAGCGUGGCAGGUUUGUUCUGUUGGUGUGGUUGGCUUGAUUUUUCUAGUGUCUUCUCUCUACUCUAAUGUUAUCAGUACUGUCUCUUUGGCUAUUACUCCUAUUGCUGCUGUGAUAGUUUUUCAUGAUAAGAUGAACGGGGUGAAGAUAAUUUCCAUGCUUUUGGCUUUAUGGGGAUUUGCUUCAUAUAUCUAUCAGAAUUAUCUCGAUGAUUUAAAGGCGAGACGUGCACAAGCUGUUGCUUCUAAGCCUCAAGAUGAAUCUUCGUGUUGAGAAUAUUCAAACAUAUGUUCACAUACCCUUUUCUUUCUGGUUUUAAAUCCUUAGGUGCAGAAAACUGCUAGCUUUAGAGUUUAUAACAGAAAUAGUGAGCUCCUAAAGAUGAGGUUCUUGGCCAUUCUAGAUAUUGAAUUGUAUACUAUUUUUAAAAAUAAAUGAAAAGGUUAAUUGGUGUCUCAGUUGAACAAAAUUCUUUGCUAUUUUGUUUCCAAAUAUUUGUUCGAUGGCUUGUGAUAAAUUGAAUAAUCUCUUGGUGAUUAUUGGAAUUCUUGUUAUUACA